GUAGUUUUGGGGAAACGUUUGGGCUUUGCGAUUGAACUUUCCUUUUCCGGUUUUCAGGGAGUUGUACUUCUAUUUUUCAUGUUAAGUUUCUAGUGUAAAAUGAAUUCUGACGUUUCCAAGCGAAUAUAUACUUUUAUUUAGAAAACACAUUUGUGUGGUAAAUACGAAGAAACAACGCAGAAGAAGCGACGGCUUCCCUUGCUCGGAGUCUGAAUCCGAAGGGGCGGGAGGAUGAUGACGGCGGAGGGGGAGGAGGACUUGGGGGGGGUUGCCAUGGAGACCCCCGUGCCCAGAGGAGAGGCUUCUGGGGAACAAGAGGAGGUUCCCAGUUUCCCUUCCUACAAAAAGUCAGUGGACGAGAACCACUCAGAAUCAGAACCGCAGCAGGGUAAUAACCACUCAGGAUCAGAACCGGAUCCGGAUAAGAACCAGACAGGAACAGAACCGGAUCAGGGUAAGAACCAGACAGGAACAGAACUGGAUCAGGUCAAUGUUCCCCUGACCUCUGACCCAGAUCCUACAGGUUCAGGGAAGCUGUCCACAGGACCGGUGGUUGUGACAGGAAACCAGAAAACGGCCGCCAUCGAGAAACUGGAACGGGUUCGCAAAUGGAGCAUCACUACGUACAAGUGUACUAAGCAGGUCCUGUCUGAGAAGAUGGGUCGCGGUUCCCGUACAGUUGACCCGGAACUCGAGGCUCGCGUUGAUAUUCUCCGUGACGACCGCCGCCGCUACGAUCAUGUGACUCGUCUUGCCCAGACCCUCGCCACGCAGCUCACAGAGCUCAACCAGACGCAAAGGACUCUGGGGGACGUGUUCGCUGACCUCAGCCUUAAAACGCCACCACUACACAUGGAGUUUGGUUUGAACAGUGACACCCAGCGUUUCCUGUCUAAAAGUGGAGAGACUCUGGUCUGGGCUAUUAACUCCUUCACCUCUGACAUGAACACUCUGCUCAACAAGACCAUUGAAGAUACCAUGAUUAAUGUCAAACACUACGAGACUGCCAGGGUGGAGUAUGAUGCCUACCGCUGUGACCUGGAGGACCUGAACCUGGGUCCACGAGACACCGCAACCCUCCCCAAACUAGAACAGGCCCAGAGGACCUUUCAGAACCAUAGGGAGAAGUACGAGAGGUCCAGGGACGACCUGUCGGUGAAACUGAAAUUACUGGAGGAGAACAAGGUUAAAGUGCUUCACCAGCAGCUGAUGCUGUUUCAUGAUGCUGUGGUCUCCUACAACACCACCAACCACCGGCACAUUGAGCUCAGCCUGCAGCAGGCCAGCACCAAGCUCACCAUGCCCGGCACGGAGUCCCCUUCCUGGCUAGAGGAGAGCGGUUCACCCUCCUAGUCCACCAGAUCUGGGGCUCAAUGAAACCUUCCAGCAGCGAAAUACAAGUUCGGCCCCUCCGUUUUUUAGGGCCAAACCGGAGGAAAUCUUUUACACUUGUUUGUGUUCUGUCAUGCUAUAGUGGUAUCUGUUCUCUGACAGGUGGGCGUCUUAACCUCUGUUUGGGAGGAAUAAGCCAUAGGUAAGGUCGGGAAAUUAAAACAACUUCCUUAGAAUGAUGAGGUCUUCCGGAAUUCUGGUUUGGAGAUUCCAGAUUUUUCUCAUUUCCUUCUCACUCCGAGAAUCCUCUAAACAGAAUUUCUGAAGAAUCUUUAGAUUUUGGGAAUGUUAUGCUGCGGCCCUUGCCAUAGAUCUGUUUGUACUGUAAUACCUUUUUCUUUAACUUUUUGUGCAACUCAAACAAAGGUUUUCCAGAAAAAGGUGGAGAAAAAUGCAAUAAAUCCAGAAUUGAGAUUUCUGGAAGACAUGGGGAUUUUGUGAGAGUUUACUAAAUUUCUACAAUCUGAUUCUUACUUUGUGGUUUCUGCUUAUAUUUUUAAGUUGUCUAACUUCAGACUUGUUUAAAACAGUCUUACCUGUUAUUGACUGGGCUAAAUCUAACCAACCUAUAGGCUUGUUUAAAGCUGUCUAACCUGCUAUAGGCUGGUUUAAAGCCGUCUGACCAGUGAAUGGGACGAGCGGGUUGACCAGGAGUGCUGUGGGUCUGCUGGUUUAUUUAUUUCCCUUUCAGUUAUGACCUAGCCUACCCGGUGAUUGGUGUUUCUAUGUUAUGACCAGUGACCAUAAUCUGCCCAGGAGAGGGGAGUGGAAAAAACCAGCAGACACUUCGAUCUCUGUGGAAUGACUUCACCUGUGCUUUAUAUCGAACCAGAACCAUCUGGACAGUACAGUAUUCCAGAAUGUUCUACAAGGUCGUGUUGCCUCCUAGAAUCAACCUGUUCCAAAUGCGUCUUUUGCACUUUUUCUUUAUCUACCAAAAAAGGAACCAUAACUAUGUGUAAUUGUGCUUUUUUUGUGUGGAACACAAUCCAGUGCUCUCUUCUGUGAAUAGUAAUGUUAUUCUGAGUGUGUGGGCAUCAGUGUUUUUGUGUUUUAAAUAAAGAAUACAGUACAAGACUCUU